AUGUCUUUGCAAAAUCUGCCGACUGAAAUUAUAGAGCUGAUUGCCAAGCAAGUGCAUCAGCUCAGUAGCCUCAAUUCUCUAUGCAGAGCGAACAGACGAUUUCACCUCAUACUGAACUGGCACUUGUACCAGAGAGACGCCAAGCGACCUUGUAAGGCACUCUUAUGGGGAGCCUCCACUGGAAAUGUGGAGGUUAUGCAACGAUCUUUGGAUCUCGGUGCCAAUAUCCACGUUAAAAAUAUCGAAGACAAAACUCCACUACUCAAGGCUGUUGAAGGUGAAAGUCUGGAGGCCAUCAACUUUCUACUUGACAGAGGAGCAGACAUCAAUUACUCCAACACCUAUGCUGACAGCAUCAUGUACGUUGCUGUUUUCACGCGCAAUGUAGAUGUCGUCAAACUCGUUCUUGAACGUGGGGCAAAUCCUGAUGCUCUUUCUUAUGCAAACACGCGGCCACUGUCGUUAGCUGUUGCAAGAAAUGACAUUGCGAUCGCUGAAGCUUUGGUCAAGAGAAAGGCUCGCAUGGAUGAGCCGGGGCCGGGGUACUAUACACCGCUGAUCACGGCUGUACAUGAGGCCCGGUACGAUAUUCUAAGGAUGUUCAUCGAAAAUGGUGUCUUUAUCACAGACAAGGAUGGGUCUCUUGGAGCUGAAGGACUGAGACGUGCCGUUCUGAAUAAAGACUACGAAGCGUUGGAUAUUCUUCUCAAAGCUGGUGCUGACCCUGCGAAGAACGGAUGGCACGGUCGCUGUACGAUAAUGGAAGCUGCAUGUAUCGAGACAGAGGACCUUGCGAUAUCACUUGCUGAGAGUGUUGCGAAUUUGGAGGAGCUGAAGGACAAGGAUGGCGAGGGACUCUUGUAUUAUGCUGUUGGGUCUUGUUGUAAGCGAUUUACAAAAUAUCUCUUGGAUCGCGGUCUUAGUAUCGAUGAUACCAACGAGCCGGAACUAAGCAAAGUGUGUAAUCUAUUGUAA